CGACUCUCAUUCUGUGCUUAUUGUUGUUAUCCUGGUGAAUGGAGGAAUAACUGGAGUGAAAGCUAAACUUAUGAAGGAUGGUGCCUAUCUGCCUUCCCUUCUCUUGAGCUCUUCCUUGCCGGAAUCAAGGAAUGUGCGUUCCCAACUAUCGGCGGCCACUGCAGGAAGUAAUGCCUUUGAUAUCCGUUGACCAGACUUCUCUUCCUCCUUGAUCACACAUAUUACCUCCUCCGAAAUGUCAACACCCGACCUCCACCACUGCUUCUUACGCCCACCUAUCAUCCAGAUUCUCCGUGCCGCUGGCUUUCAUUCUGCCCGGCCCGCUGUCAUCGACACCUUGACCGACAUAGCUGGACGAUAUUUGCUCCUCCUCGCCUCAUCGACCGUUGAUCAUACGCUCAACAGUCACUCCGAAGAUCCCGUCCCCACACUUGACGAUGUGCUCAUGGCAUUUAAUGAUGUUGGCGCCUUGAGGCCACAGAAAACCCGACUCGAAGAAGUGCAUGAAGGAAAGGAAGAUAUGAGGGGUUUGGAGUCGUUUUUGACUUGGUUCAGCGGGCCCGCAAAUACAGAAAUUAGACGGAUAGCUGGGUUUAUCCCCAGCGAGGGAGAUGUGGUGGAUGUGGAAAGCAUGGGAAAGGAAGACUAUCUUACAGCGCUUAAGAAAAAGCAUAGCAAGACCGGAGAAGAAUCUCGAUUUCAGGGAACCGUUCUUGGGAAAGAUGCAGAUGACCGGCCGAUCGUUAUUGAAGGUGGAGUCGAAUCUAUAAAGGCGUGGGGCAAACAGAUCAGGUCGAGAGAACAAACCGUGGAGCCGGCAUCUACGGAGGUGAGCAGCAUUUCAAAAAGCAUGUCGCCGCCGGAGGGAAUGGAGAUAUGAGCAAGGUGGUGGUGGUUGGAGGGGCGGCUUUACGGGGGCGGCUGUGGGCU